AUGGUUAUUCCCGAAGAAUCAUCUUCAUCAUCUUCUGCAAAGAAUGGACCUGUGCUGUCUCCGGAUGCCGCAUCGCCGCAGGUUGCUGCGCGUCCUCCUAAACCUCCAAAGGUUGAGAAGCCUAAACCGCGGCUAGUCGGACGUAAAGCUGCAUUAACGCUCACACCCGGAGCCGUACAAAGAUUACGCGCACUCUUAUCUGGACCUCACCCACAGCUUAUCCGUAUCGGUGUCCGGAACAAGGGCUGCGCAGGGAUGUCGUACCACCUUGAAUACGUCGAAAAACCGAGUCCGUUCGACGAAAUCGUAGAGCAAGACGGUGUGCGAGUACUUAUAGAUAGCAAGGCAUUAUUUUCCAUCAUUGGUAGUGAGAUGGACUGGGUUGAGGAUCGACUUAGUGCAAAGUUCGCAUUCAAGAACCCCAAUGUCAAGGAUGCUUGCGGUUGUGGAGAGUCAUUCAGUAUAGGAAACUGA